GUGUAGAACAGAGAGCUCACAGCCAUCUGCCUCAGUGUAGACGACCGUAUCUUAAUCCAGAUUAUGGCUGCAGCAUAAACGUUGUUUUUUUUGGCUGCUAUUGGUAGUCUACAGUGUGUCCUUGAUAACGCAGGCAGGCAGGUCGGUUAGCCUAGCUUCAAUUACACCACCAACUAUACAUUCAAGGACCUCUACUAAAAACAGGGAAUUUAACACAAAGGUUAAAAAUGGCUUUCUUAAUUAAGAGUAUGGUGGGGAACCCUUUGAAAGGCAUGGGUUUUGGAGGAGGAGAGGAGAAGGCAGAGGAGGAGACCCCCAAGGACCCUGCGGCGGCCGCCGGUAUGACCCGAGAAGAAUAUGAGGAGUACCAAAAACAAGUAGUAGAGGAAAAGAUGGAGAGGGAUGCAGAUUUCUUGCACAAGAAAGCAGAGAGAGCGACUUUGAGGGUGUGUCUACGGGAUAAGUAUCGACUUCCUAAAAGUGAGCAGGACGACAACAUGAUCCAAAUGGCUGGAGAUGAUGUGGAUGUUCCUGAAGAACUACUGAAGAUGGUAGAUGAAGAUGCCACAGAAGAAGAGGAGAAAGACUCCAUCCUGGGACAAAUGCAGAAUUUACAGAACAUGGACAUGGAUCAAAUCAAAGAGAAAGCAUCUGCCACACUCACUGAGAUUAAAUCCAAAACUGAGGAGAAGUGCUCAGUCAUGUAGUGGUUAAACAAAUCUCCAAAAUUGUACAAACUAGGUACGGUUGUAAAUUAAGAGACAUAUCUUUGCUUCUCUCUCUCCACAUUCGUCAGUAAAAUUCGCCCCAGUUUGCUGAUCUGGGGUCUGUUGUCUGAGAAAUAUUCAAUUCUGAGCUGUAAGGUGUUGACUUUGCGAUUUGAGUUUGACUGUUUCUCAGUUCACCCACAUAUGAAUGACAUUUGUAUGGCUCCAAUUCAUCUGUCAGGACAGAUUUCUUUUCUGUUAUGUGUUGUUUAAAUAAAAGUCACUUGUUUUCCAUUUUCUCUUUUCCAGUUUGGUUCACAGUACCUACUGUAUAACAAAGAAAGAUUGAUGUUUCCACAUUGUCUUUCAAACUAUUUCAAGGUGUUACUGUAAAUAUGGGGUAAAAGAAGUACUGUUUGUUUUUAUUAAUAAUAAACAGAUGCUAAAAAACUGUUUAAAUCCCUUCUCCUGUUGUUGUUGUUUUUGCACACAGAAUGAGAUUAUUGUGAUGCUGUACAUUUUAUUUCUUCGUAUGACAGCAAACAAUCUAGAAUUGAGGCGUGUUAUGUUGUAAUGUUUAAGGAUUAUGUAUAGUGUUAUGUAUUAACAUCAAGUUUUUAUGUAAGAUCAUAAGUAUUUUAAGUGUAGGUUGUAUGUGUAAACGAAUUGAAUAAAAUGAUUAAAACACA